AUGCCCGCUGAGACCACAUUUUUCGAUGCAAGGGGAAAUGCCAUCCAUUCGUUGCCCACUGCUCCUCGUAAUACCAUCUUGUACAGUCCUCAUGCCCGAUUUGUUCUUGUGGCUGGAUUUGGAAAUUUGCAAGGAACCGUCGAUGUUUAUGACCGUCAGAACAAGUUUAAGAAGAUUUCACUGUUUGAAGCAUCUAACACAUCUGUAUGUGAAUGGUCGCCCUGUGGAAGAUUUAUUCUUACUGCGACUACAUCGCCAAGAUUGAGAGUUGAUAAUGGGUGCAAGGUUUGGCAUGCAAGUGGAAAAUUGAUCUAUUUGAGCGAGUAUCAAGAACUCCUUUCUAUUUCUUGGAAACCUCAAAAAAUUGAAAGUUUCCCAGCUUUACGUCAAUUGGAAGAAGCACCUCCCGCGCACGAAUCCACUAAAGAGUAUACUGCGAAAAAGGCUGCCCAACUAGCCCAGGCUGCUGCCAAGCCAGCAGGUGCUUACAGACCUCCACAUGCUAGAAACUCGGGUAGUUCUACGUUGAGAACGACCUUGUAUCAGAAGGAAAUGGAGUCUUCGUUUGGCUCUGGUGCGAGAAGAAAUGUUCCCGGAGCUCCACCAGGACUCGUUCCCGGAGCCCCAGCACCUGCUCAACCGGAAAGCAAGAGUGCUGCCAAGAACAGAAAGAAGAGAGAGGCCAAGAAACAGCAGCAAGAUGAAAAAUCAGCUACCCCAGAAUCGACGCCGGCUCCAUCUCCGGCUCCAACUCAAACAAACGGUACUGAGAUUGGGGGAGGCACCGUUGUUGGAGGUGUAACGUCACUUGAGGAGAAGAAAAUCAGGUCUUUGCUUAAAAAGUUGAGAGCUAUUGAGACCUUGAAGAUGAAGCAGGCGGUGGGAGAGCCAUUGGAAGAUACACAAGUGUCAAAAAUAAAGAAGGAGGAUGAGAUCAGAAAGGAGUUGAAUCAAUUAGGAUGGACUGAUUAG